GAGUGGAGCUUUACUGUGCCCCCACGGCAGACUCGCGGGACUCCUGGCAGGCCACGGUGCAGCACAUAGCGCUCGAGGGCGGCUGCUUCGUCCUCUCUGCCAACCAGUUCUGCGUGCGCUCCGACUACCCUCCGCCCCCGGAUUUCGUCUUUUCCGCGUCCGGGCGGCUGGAUACAGACGAGCCGCCGCCGUCCGCCGUGGUGUGUCGGGGCGGCAGUGUGAUUGUGUCUCCGCUAGGCCGGGUGCUGGCCGGCCCAAACUAUGACGGGCAGGCACUGCUGACCGCUGAUCUCGACAUGGGUGACAUUGUACGGGCCAAGUUUGACUUUGAUGUCACGGGGCACUACGCACGGCCGGAUAUAUUUUCCCUGCGUGUCAAAGAGGUGUCUACAGUGCCUGUACACCACCCACCAUCCCCGUCUCUCCACCCUCCUCUCUUCACCCGCCUCCCUUCCUCCCCUUCCUCCCUCCUCUCUUCACCCGCCUCCCUUCCUCCCCUUCCUCCCCUUCCUCCCUCCUCUCUAUGCCCUCCUCUCUCCAACCUCUUCCGCCACCUCCCCUCUACCACUUGA